AUGUCAGUUAUCGACGCCUACGUCGAGCCGCGUUUUAUAUGGUUAUUAUAUCGUCGUAAAUGCCACCGGCCGGUGUUUCAUACAGUGGCGGGGCAGAUUAUACUGGUGUGGGCUUACUGGGCUUGGGGGCCGCCCCCUGUCAACCCCACGCGCCAACAGAUGUCUCUGAUAUUCGAUAUCGAAGACACAUUCAUAAUCUGCACUUUCCUUUCUUAUAUUAAAAAACUAGCAGGUGUGAAGAGAUUAUUUAUCUUCGCCAUUGUUACGAGAAGUGACGCGGACGAAUUUCACGAAAAUGCCCCAUUUAUCUACGAGUGGAAUACAAAGGCAACGUGA